AUGUCUAUCGAGAAGGAAAAGAGCGACCACCAGGUGGCCGAAGUGGGUCAAAAGAUUCAGGACGCGUCGGAUACGGAAUCUUUGCGCAAUGAUAUCGACCCCCUUACAGGAGAGCGUAAGCUCGUUCGACAGCUGAAGAACCGCCACAUUGCUAUGAUCAGUAUUGGUGGAGUAAUCGGGACAGGCCUUUUCUUGGGCACAGCUGGUUCUCUUGCAAAUGGAGGUCCACUUGGGUUGUUAUUGGGCUAUACUACCAUGGGUUCUAUCUGUUUCUCUGUCAUGCUCUGCCUAGGGGAAAUGGUCGCCUUUUUACCUAUUCCUGGAGGUCAUAUCAAGCUUGCGGAACGUUUCGUGGACCCAGCAUUUUCAUUUACGAUGGGUUGGAAUUACUGGUAUAACUGGGUAAUUGUACUCCCCGCGGAGCUCAGCGCUGCUUCAGUUCUACUUGGAUUCUGGAGGCCUGAUAUAAAUCCAGCGGUUUGGGUUGCUAUGUGUAUUGUUGUUGUCGUCACAAUCAAUAUGCUGGGAGCAGGUGCCUAUGGAGAGGCCGAAUUUAUCUUUGCAUCCAUCAAGGUUAUCACCAUUACAGGCCUAAUUAUACUAGGAAUUGUUUUAGAUCUUGGCGGUGGCCCGGACCAUGACAGACUUGGAUUCCGUUUCUGGAAACACCCAGGACCGUUCACUCAGUUCCAAGGCAUUGGAGGUGCUAAGGGCAGGUUCUUGGGCUACUGGGCGGUUUUAACACAGGCUGCAUUCUCGUUCAUUGGCACUGAAAUUGUUGCUAUUGCAGCUGGUGAGGCCAAGAAUCCGAGACGUAACCUUCCUAGAGCUAUCAAGCGCGUUUAUAUCCGAAUUCUUCUUUUCUACAUUCUCGGUACCUUCGUCAUCGGCAUACUUGUUCCCUCCAACUCCGAUCGACUCAAUCUAAAGGCAACUCACGGAACAGCUGCUGCAUCACCAUUCGUCAUUGCCAUUCAACGAGCUGGAAUCAAGUCUUUGCCUUCGAUUAUCAAUGCCUGCCUAUUGACUUCAGCAUGGUCAGCUGCGUCGAGUGAUCUUUAUACUAGUUCACGCGCCUUGUACGGAUUGGCUGCAUCAGGUAAUGCCCCAAAGAUAUUCCUCAAGACUUCGAGGAAUGGCCUGCCUUUCGUUUCUGUCAUUUUUAACUCUGUCUUUACUUUACUGGGAUUCAUGGGCGUGAACUCGGGAUCUGGACGAGUGUUUGGGUGGUUCGCAAACAUGACUGCUAUUGCUGGGCUCAUGACGUGGUUUGGAAUCAGUCUUACGUACAUUCGAUUCUACAAAGGCCUCAAGGCGCAAGGAAUCGAUCGCACGACCCUUCCAUUCUAUUCUAGAUUGCAACCAUUUGUUGCAUGGUAUUCCAUGAUUGCAUGCCUCAUUAUAUGUAUUUUGAGUGGCUGGGCCGUGUUCCUCAAAGGACAGUGGGCAACGGACACCUUUGUCACAAAUUAUCUGCCUUUGGCCUUGUUCCCCAUACUCUAUAUAGGAUCAAAAUACUACUACAAAGAACCAGUGAAGAAAGCACACGAAAUGGACUUUAUUACAAACAUCAAAGAAAUCGAGGCCGAAACGUACGAUGAUCCCCCUCCGAAGAACAAGCUGGAGGCCUUCUGGCAGUGGCUGGUAAGCUUAAUAUCUAAUGUGCAAGAAUUGUAA